AUGACUCUAAUGUCUUAUGUAACUAAAGAAAACAAGAUGGUUCUGAUUCUCUCCACUAUGCAUCAUGACGAUGUAACUGAUGAAUCACGUGAAAAAAACAAGCCACAGAUGAUAACCUUUUAUAACGCAACUAAAUCAGGAGUUGAUACUGUUGACCAGUUGUGUAGCACUUACAAUGUCGCCAGGAAAGCGAACAGAUGCCCUAUGGUCAUAUUUUAUAAUAUGAUGAAUGUAGCAGCUAUAAAUGCUCAAAUAAUAUAUCGUGCAAAUAACUUAUCAAUUAGCACCAGACGCAGUGAGAUUUUAAAACUUUUGGGUAGCUUAUGA